AUGGAUACUAUCCAACAAGAGGAUGAUUUAUCGAUUAAAUCUGAUGAAAGUCUAUCGAUACCAGUUGCUAUACCCGGUCUUACUCCUUCAACUAAUCCAAGAACAAUGCGUGAAUAUGAUACAGAAUUUCAAGAACUUAAACGUGAAAAUUUCGAUUUAAAAUUACGAAUUUUUUUCCUUGAAGAACAAAAUGAACUUGCAUUAGAUAGUAGAGAUAUAUCAUCAACAACAAUUCAACGUCAUCGUCGUUUUCAUCCAACACAAUAUGAACAGGGUGAUCAACAAGAAAUAUCAAUUAUCGGACGAUCAACAAACGAAUCUUAUCAAGCAUCAUCAUCAAGUCGCCAUCAACAAGGAACACAAGUUAGUAAUAUUCAAUUGAAUGAUGAAAACGAUGAGUUACAUCAAUUAAAAACUGAACUUGAACGGUAUCAUCAAGAAAAUGCAAAACUUCGUGAAUUACUUCGUAAUUCUGGUGAAUUUGGAGAGAACAUAACAACAUCAACUGUUGAUCAACAUAUUCAAACAAUAACUUCACACGCUGAUUCAACUUCAGAUAGAGCUAUGCCUGUUAAUCAAUAUACUUUACAAUUCAAUGAACGUGAAAGAAAUUUUCAAGAGGAAAAUAAUUCAUUAAAACAAGAAAUAACUGCGUUAAAAUCAAGAUUAAUUGAAGCUAAUAACAUACUAGAAGAAGUUAAUCAGAGAUAUAAAGAAGAACAAAUAAAAGCUGACCGUGUAUUGAGACGUUUAAAAGCUGAUUAUGAUACACGUAUUGCUAAUAUGGAAGCAGAAUAUCAACAAAAAUUAGCUACAUAUGAAUCAUAUCGACAUGAGCCAUUACUCGCUCGAAUUCGUUUUUCUUAUCCAUUGCAAGAACAAACAAGUUCCAAUGUCAAUGUUGAAGAAUACCUUCGAACAAUUGAUCAGCAAAGUCGGACCAUUAAAGAUCUUGAAAAUCAAAUUGCGGAAUUCACUAAAUGGUCAUAUCCAGUACCAACACAUUCUCAUUUAACUGAAGAAAAUUUUCAACGUUUAAAUGACAAACUAACAUCAUAUGUUAAAACUGUUGAAAAUUUACGAGCAGAAUGUGAUGAACUUCGACGAAGUGAAAAACAUUUACGAUUACAAGUCGCUAAAUUACUUCGUCUUUUGGAUCCAUCGAUAUCAUCUUCAGAUUUACCACCAUUACCUCGACCAUUAUCAACGGCUGUUACUGAUACUCAACAAGUUGAAAAUCCUGAAGCAACUGUUGCUCAAGUAACAGUACAACUUCGAAAUGUUGCUGAUGAUGUAUCUGGUUUAACAAAUCGUAUAUCAAAAAUAAAACGUGAUUAUGAUGAUAGUCAAACUUUAAUUAGAAAACAAGAGACACAAAUUCAACAAUAUGAAGUACGUGCAUCUGAAAUUGAAAAACAAACAAGAGAAACAUUUAAUUUAAAAAUCGAAGCAUUUGAACAAGAGAAAAAAAAUUUAGCAAUACAAAUUGAAGAACGUGAUCGUCGUUUAAGAGAAAUUACGAGUGAGAUUGAUCAAAUAAGAUCACAAGUUAUUAGAGAACUUGAAAUUCAAUAUACUCGAGAAAUACAAACUUUACAAGAACAAAAUGAACAACAGAAAACACAACUUGAACAGUAUCUUAUAAAACAUCGAGAAAUGGAAAAUAAUUUUCAACAAGAACGAAUUCAUCUAGAACGAGAACGAGAUUUCGAAAGGGGAAAAGUUAAUCAAAUACAAAUUGAAUUAGAUACUUCUAUUGCACGAAAUAAAAAUCUUGAAACUCAAAAUGAUCAAUCACAAUCGAUUAUUGUUGAACAACAAACAAAAAUUGGCAAUCAAAGUCAAAAUUUUCAAAGUCAAAUAACUCAAAUUGAAACAGAAAGAAAUAAUCUAAACGAUGAAUUACAACUUGUGAAACAUGAAAAACAAACAAUGAAAGAUCAACUAUAUGAAUAUGAAACUGAAUUUACUAGAUUAACACAAUCAAAUGAUGAGUUAAACGAACAAAUAACUGUUUAUGAAGUUCGUUUACGUGGUAGUGAAGCUGAUAAAAAUCGAUAUCAAAAUGAACUUAAUAUAUUACAACGUAGUACUCAAAGUACAAAAGAACAAUUUGAGACUCUUCAAAGUGAAAUUCAGGAACUUAAAUAUCAAUUAGAUAAUCUUGAGAUUAGGAUUCGUCUUGAAAUUAAUCAAGAAUAUGAAAAUGAUUAUCGUAGACGUUACAGUCAAUUAUCUGAAACUAAAGAAGUAGAAAUCGAAAAUCUUGAAAAAGAAUAUCAAACUAUUCAAUCUACUCUUGAAGAAAGAAAUAAUGCAAUAACACGUCUUGAUAGUCAAUUACAAAUAUUAGAAAAUGAAUUACGAAAAGCAAAUACUAGGAUUCAAACUUAUGAAAGUGAAAUUGAACAUGUUAGAAUAGAACGCAAUAGAACAGAAGAAGUAAGACAACAAAUUAAAGAUGAUUUAUCUCGUCAAUAUACAAAUGAAUUAAACAUUCGAAAUGAUCACAUAAAAAGAUUAGAAAAUCAAAAUCAAGCAUAUGAAACACAAAUUACUCAGUACAAACAACAGCUUACAAUUCUUCCAGAUAAUAUCAAUCGACGCGAAAAAGAACUUCAUGAAAAAAACAUUUUAAUUCAAAAACUUCGAGACGAUCUUUCUGUUGUUGAAAGUGAACGAAAAGAUAUUCGAAUCCCAUUUGAAAUUCGAAUUCAACAAUUAGAACAAGAUCUUCAAACUAAACAACAACUUAUUCGAACGUAUAGUGAAUCCCUGAAAACAAAAGCUCAACAUAUUGAAAAACUUCUUGACGAUAUUAAAAAAGGUGAUUAUUCAAAUAGUAAUACAAUUGAAACAUUACAACAAGAACUUUUAAGUCGUGACCGACGAAUUGAUGAAUUAAUAAAUGAAAAAUCUUUAACUAUUCAUGAAUCUGAACGAUAUAUUAGUGAAUUACGAUUAAAUAUUCAAGAUUAUGAACGUAAACUGAUUCAAACGAAUGAUCAAUUACAACUAGCUGAACGAAAAAUUGAUACACUACAAUAUCAACUUGGUGGGCAUAUACGAAAUCACAAUUCUUUAGAUAUUAAUUUCAAUAUUGCUGCUGAAGAAAAAGAAAUUCAAUUGGAGAGAGUAAGAUAUUUAGAAAACCAAUUAGAAAUGCUAAAGAAAAUAAAUAGUGGAACUUCAUUUGAACAACGUGAUCAUUGUCAAAGUAUUAUUGAUGAUCUUAAAGAUAAAUUAAAACAACGUGAAAAAAUAGUUCAGAAUCUUCAAAAUUCUCUUCGUCAUUGUAAUGAAGAAUUAAACAACGUUCGUCAAGCUCAUGAUAAACUUCAAAGUGAUUGUAAUCAGGUAACUGUACGCAACGAGAGAAUGGCAAAACAACAUACCUCCGAUAUAGAAAAUCGUGAUCAAUUAAUUGCAACAAUACGUCAAAAAUUAUCUGAUAAAGACCAAGAGAUCAAUAGAUUACAUGAAAUUAAUAUAAAUAAUGAAAAAAAAAUCACUGAAUUACAUUCGAAACUUAUUAAUAUUGAACCAAAUCUUGAUUCAACACGUUCAUCAAGUGAACGUGUAUCGACAAAUCCAGCAUUACAAAUCGAAAUACAAAAGAAAGAUCAAGAAAUUAUUGAACUUAGAAGUAAGCUAGCAGAAGCUCUACGAAGUACAACUCAACCAGCUAGUUCAUCAACAACUUCAGUUUUUAUUCCAGUAACAAGAGCUCGAGUACAUGCCAAUUUUGAUCAUUUAAAUCGUGAAGAACUUUUAUAUGAACUAGAAAGAGCUUUACAAUAUAACGAAGAAUUAAAUGAACAAUUGAAACAAAAAAAUCCUUCCAUAACUGAAUUACACACACAAUUAGUCGAAACACGACAUGAACUUUCACGUCAAAAAUAUGUUAAUCAAGUUUUAUGGCGUAAACUUAAUGCAUUAAUUGAUAUUCAUGGUUCAAAUACACGAGCUGAAUUAGCUCUUGAAUUAGUUAAUUAUCAGGAUGAACUUGCAAAAUUAAAAUCACAACAAAAUCGUACGAAUGAUGUUCGCUCAGCUAAGCUCAAUGCUCAUUCGAGAUCAUCAUCAGAACAAUAUCUUUGUUCAUUACAUAAUGAUAUGUCAUCGACAAAUAUUGAAUUACCAACAAAAAAUAUUAAAUCAACUAUAGCAUUAUUAGAACGUUCAAAUAUUGAAUGGCAAACAAAAUUAGCACGUCUUACAGAACAACUUGGUCGAAGUGAAAAUCAAUCGAGAAAUUAUCAUCGAGAAUUGACUAAAUAUCAAAAGAUAUUAUAUGAAGCUGGUUUAAUUGAAUCAUCUGUUCGACAACGUCGACAUAGUGCUGAUGAUUCAGCUAUAAUUGGUCGAAAUGAAUCAACUAAAAUCAAUGAUGAUCUUACAGAAAUCGAAAAUAUCAAUGAACUUAGAGAAAUAAUUCGUAAUCAACGUAAAUUUAUCCAACAAUUACAAAUGCGUGUUCGAAUUAAUACACCUGAUAUAAUUAAAUCACCAACAAUAGACAAACUUCAACAACAAAUACAAAAUUUAAAUCUUGUUAUUGAAACGUACAAAGAUGAAUCAAAUUUACUUAAAACUGAACUUAAAAAACUCUAUAAAACUAUUGAACAUAAUAGAAAAACACAACAAAACUAUGAAAAAAUUUUAAAAGAACAACAAACUUGUAUUGAACAAACAAAAAAGAAAUUAAAUAAAUACGAACAAUUCUUCAAAAAAUAUGAUAAUCAUUUACCGAUAUUUGAUGAAAGAAAAGAACAUAUUAUUAAUCCACUUGAUGAAUAUAUUAUUGAUUUAGAUAUUGAUGUAUUACAAGGAAAUGAUACGAAAAAAAAAACAUCAGUGAGCAAAAGAGAUAGUGCAUUAAGUAGUGCAUCGGAUACAAAUGAAUUGCAACGACAAAUAAAUGAAAAAGAUGAACAGAUUCGAACAUUAAAUAAUGAUAUCAAUAGAAAAGGUGAUCAAAUUCAACAACUCACGAUUAAACUUACUCAAAUGGAAAAAGUCAAUGGAGAUGCUGAACAUCGUUAUCAUACUGAAUCCGAUCGAAUUCGUCAAGAUUUGACUGUUGAAUCACGUAAAAUUGAAAAUGAAUUACAACAAGCACGUUUACAAAUCGAUUCUCUUAAAACUUACAAAAUUCGAUUUGAUCAAGCCGAAGAAAAAAAUCAACAAUUACAUAAUGAAAUAAAACGGUCAAACGAUGAAAUAAAACGUUCGAAAGAUGAAAUAAAACGUUUACAAGAUGAAAUCGAACGUAAUGAAUCUGUCAUCGAACAUUAUAAAACACAAAUUAGUAUAUUAGAACGAAAGACUUUUAUUACUGAUUCAGAUACAAGUGAAAUUGCAAUUCGAAAAAGUGAAUUAUCACAAUUAUUAGAAGAAAUGCGUCUUCUUCGUCGUGAUCUUGAACGAAGUAUAGAAAAACAAAAACAAUUACAAGCAAAAUUAGAUGAAAAUAUUCGUCAAUCACAAUCACCACGUGAAUUUAAAUUUUCUGGUCAUGGAGUUUCAUAUCCUGAUCUUCGUGUAAUUGGUACAUCUAGUUCAGUUGGUGCUGAGAAUUUAUCAUCAUCAUUUGUAAUUGAUGAGCAACUUUCAAGACCUGUAGGUUCAUCUACAAUUGAACUUGAACAUAUUGAAUAUUCUCAACAAUCUGCUGAAGAACUUGUACCAAGAAUUCCUAUACGAUCAUAUAUUGUUGGUGAAUUAAAAACUCAUGAUGAUCUUCGUCGGUUAAUACAAGAUAUUAAAUUUGACUUAAAAGCAGUCUUACCUGAAUUAAAAGAUCAACUUCGUUCAAGAACUAAUUCAUCAACACGAUCCCUCGAAGAACGUUUAAAUCAACUUGAUGGACGCUUAACACAUGCUCUUGAUUUAAUUGAAACAUAUUGGAAAGCUGAUUUACCAGAAAAAAAUAAAUAUAAUGAACAUAUAUUUAUUGAUCAUCGUCUCAUAGAAGAAAAUAAACGUCUUUUAUUUAAUCAAAGAAAAUAUAUUCAAGAUCUUCGAUUUUUAAAACAAAAAUAUCGAGAACAAUCAAAUUAUUUAGAACAAUUACUUGCUCAAUUAACAAAAGUGAAUCGCAAAAAAGCUGAUACAGGCGAAUAUUUGGCAUUGUUACUCCAGCCAACAUUAGAUGUUCUUCAAAAAGCUCGUUCAAAUAUCGAACAUCAUUUAAAAGAAUCAAAUACAAAUAAUAUACCACCCGGUAGUGCUCAAACACAUCGUCGUCAUCGUUCUAAUCGUAAAGAUUAG